CUUCUUUAUCCUAUUAAUCAAAUUGUUCUUUUUAAGUAAAUGCUCUUCAUAUUUCCUUUUCUACGACUUGCAAUUACAGUGGGCAUACUCUUUGAUUGAGAAUCUGAUAAAUUAUUGUACUAAGUAUAGCAUAAAAUUGAAUUUUGAUUUACUGAUUAUUUGAGUUUUGAAUGAACAAUUUUGAUUUUAGGAUGAAGGAAAUGAAUCUAGCAUUGGUAAUGAAGUUGUUAACUAUGUGGACUCUGUAUUAUUGAAAGGUGGGGAUUUGUAGGAUGCACGACAGGUGUUCGAUGAAAUUCCCCAGUGAAAACUGAAAUUUGGAACCUCAAAAGACAAAAUUUUGAGGUGAACAAAUCAAUUGACGAGUAGGGAUUGAAAGAAUUGAUUAUUGAUGGCGUUGAGACGAGCACUUGGUUGGUCUGAUGGUGAGCUGAUGCGUUCAGAUGCAAAGCCAUGUUCAAGGUUAAUGAGACAGACAGCUGGUAUUUUUACAGUUGGUGGAGCAUUAGGUUUCUGGGUUUUGUGUAGACUACACUAUGGACCAAGAGUUACGAUUCCUAGAAGUCUCAGAUGGGCAGCCUGUGGAUCUGUUUCUGUUAGCUCAAGCACAGCUCUUAUGGUCCGCCUUUUCAGUCCUGAAUGCGAACCCCAGAACAUAGUAGCUUAUGAUAACAAAAAGUGACAACUAAACCGACAAUUUCACUUCAUUUCCAAGUUCAUAGGGACUUCUGAUCUUGCUGAUAUGGCUCAAGAGUUGACGAUAUGAUAAAUCAUCAAAAUGUUGUAGAUGCUAUGAGUCAAUGAAUUUCAACAUUUGUUUUUGUUAUGGGGUUGGAAUUCAGUUACUAGUAAUUGAAAUUGGAACUCGAUUUAUUGCUUGUGAA